AUGACCAGGAAACUCCAAAACCAAACCCAGAAUGAUGGGAAGAGCAGGAAAAGGACUCUGAAGCCAGUUGUGGAAAAGAAGAGAAGAGAUCGAAUAAAUCAAAGUCUAGCUGAACUGAGGCAUCUGCUGAUGAAUGCCACAUCUGAUCCACGGCUGCAGAAUCCAAAAAUAGAAAAAGCAGAGAUUCUGGACUUGGCUGUUGACUAUCUCCAAAAGUGGACUGAUAAAAAGGACAGUGGCCACUCGGAGUCCAAUGCUCCUCCUCUCUUUGGCAGAGAGAGCGCAGGUUUUCAGCAGUGUGUGGCCCAGCUGACCAGCUACAUGCACAGGAUAACACCGGCACAGAGAACAAGCCUGAUUGAGGGGCUUAAACAUCACGCAGAGGGUCUGCAGCUGAAACCAGACUUCAACCAGCGCGCAGCAUCUGUGGAUACCAUUUGCUCAUCCGACUCCAAAGAAGAUCCUCCCGUUUUGCUUUUCCCGUCUUAUUCCCCAUUUCAGCCUCUCGCUUGUUCCACGCCAUGCCAUGACUACCUGAGCCCUCCUCCUUCUCCCUGGCUCUCCCCUUCUUUCUCCAUGUAUGCCACCUCUUCUUUUGCGUCAUUUGCCUCUCUCUUCUCCAUCCCCCCCAGCCUUUCACCUCCAUCUUCCAACACCUCCUUCUUUAGCUUCUCACCCACAGUUCCUCACUCCAUCCUCUCCCCUCUCACCACAAUGAGACCCCCCUCAAACCUUCUACACAGGGAAGUGUUGGCACCAAACUCUUCCCCACCCAUUUGGAGGCCUUGGUUUUGAUGUGGAUCAGAGACUGAC